AUGACAAUUAAGAGUCGACCAACCUGUCAUAUUGUAGAUCUCGCGGUUCUCACUAAACUCAUAGUGAAAUUGAAAAUAGACUUGUGUAGAGCUCACCGUGAUCUACAAUUUGACAGACGCUUGGGUGCUCGACUCAAGUCGAUUCGAGUCGUCGUCGUCGUAGGGAUGAGUGACAACAACACGAUUCGUAUGAGCCGUGUGCUCUGCGAUUUCUUGGUUCUCACACUUAUUGCCAUCCCUCUCUACAUCUUCCACGAGUUCGUGCCCCCAUACCGACGUGGAUAUUAUUGUGACGAUGAGUCGAUUCGUUAUCCGUGGCGCAAGUCCACCGUCUCCCGUCAGAUGCUCAUUGUCAUCGGACUCCUGAUUCCGAUUCUUCUGAUUCUGGCGACCGAAUUGUUCCGCACGUUGGCGUGGGAGAAGAAGUGCGAGCAAGAGUUCAAAACUUAUCAUGUACGCAACCACUCUGUACACCGUCUCAUCGUCCGUCUCUACUGUUUCAUCGGCUACUUUUUCGUCGGCGUCUGCUUCAACCAACUAAUGGUCGACAUCGCCAAGUACACCAUCGGUCGUCAACGUCCCCAUUUCAUGGAUGUCUGUCGUCCAGAUAUCGGCUAUUCGGAAUGCAAGAAUCCAGAUGAAUAUGUUACCAACUGGACGUGCACGACGACAGAUGUGAAGCUGAUUCACGAGGCUCAACUCUCAUUUUAUUCCGGUCAUUCGGCAUUCAGUUUCUACGCCGCUUGGUUCACUUCUCUCUAUCUUCAAGCUCGCUUAUUCCGUCCUCUAUUCUCACGUCUUCUUCUUCCCGUUAUCCAAUUUCUUUUAUUCGGUGGAGCCGCCUAUGUUUCAUUGACACGUGUCUCCGACUAUAAACACCACUGGUCUGAUGUAUUGGUCGGCGCGAUGAUGGGCACUGCGAUCGGAAUUUUCGUGGCGUUAUUCGUGGCGGAGGUGUUCAAGAGACGAGAGAUUCCGUCGUGUGGACCCACUAAUGAGUUUGGAUUGAUUAGAAUGGACCGCCCGGACGGUGUAAUCACGUCCCAAUCAAACGGUAACGGCUCAAAUACCGUAGUUUCCACCCAACACGUCAUCGUUUCCGAAGUGGAUCCGGCUAAUCAGCGACUAACGGAAUGGCGCAAGAAGCUUGAAAUGAGAAAAUUCAAUGGAACAACUCAUUGUGAUAUUACAGAUAAUGAGAAUAUAGUGUCUUCUAGCUCCGUCUCCUCUCUUCCGCCGCCCGUCUUUAAGCUGGGUCCACCGAGAGCGCCGAGAGGUGCGCCAGACUCUUCGCCACCCGAAUUCAAGACGGAGCUUCGUGUCGAUCCGUGCAUCGUUGUGAAUAUGAAAUGA